CUUGAUCAAACAUAAGCUUGUCUUAGUCUCUUAGAGAAAAAAAAGAAAAACAUUUGAUUAAGUAAUGGCCACCAAGAAGUUUACUGGACCUUCUCCUUACACAUUGAAAGCUACGUAUCCAGAAGUUGACUUCCUGCAUACCCAAUACAUCAAUAAUGUUGCUCCAAGUAGCAAAACAGAAGCAAAACCUGUUGUUGGAGCUAUUUUUGGCCUUGGGCGCGCUGGUUCUAUUCACUUAAGUAAUAUAAUAAAUAAUCCUCGAAUUAUUUUAAAGUAUAUAGUCGAUGAUCGUCCAGAAAGUUUUAAUGAUCUUAAAAAGCACUGGAAAUUAAACGAUGAUGUUACAUUUCUUACUUCAAGACAUAAAGAUAUCGUGUACAGCGAUAAAUCUAUAAAUGUAGUUUUUAUUGGAUCACCAACUUACACUCAUCACGAAAUCGUUGUAAAUUCAAUUGCUAAUAAUAAAGAUAUCUUUUGCGAAAAACCGAUCGCUGAGAGUAUCGAAGAUACGAAGAAAUGUUAUGAAGCCGCUAAGGCUAAGGGCCGUAUUCUGUUUGCUGCAUUUAAUCGCCGCUUUGACCCAGCUUACAGAGCGUUGAAAGAUAGAGUCAGGAAAGGAGAAGUAGGUCACGUGCAGAUUCUUAAGGUAACAGCUAGAGAUUCACCACUCCCUACCAUUGAUUAUUUGAAAACUUCAGGUGGUGUUUUCCACGACUGCUUGGUUCACGAUUUCGAUAUGUCUUGUUGGGUCCUCGGUGAGCUACCGGUUCGUGUACAAGCAACUGCUUCAGCUUUAAUCCCAGAGGUGAAGGCUAUCGAUGACUUUGACACAAUUGCUUUUCUCCUUACUUUUCCUUCUGGUGCCAUUGCUAUCGGUGAUAAUAGUCGUUACAGCGCCUACGGAUAUGACCAAAGACUCGAAGUUUUUGGAAAAAAUGGUAUGAUAAAGGUGGAAAACGAGAGGCCAUCUCAUUCGACGGAAAUGUACAUUGGACAGACUGGGGUUAUGCUGAACCCUAUAUACUAUUCCUUUCCAUCACGUUUCAAUGUUGCUUAUCGACGUGAGAUUGAACAUUUCCUGGACGUUGUACAAUAUGGAGUUACGCCGGACGUGGCUAGUUGGCAGACUCUCGCAGUGAGCAAGAUUGCGACGGCAGCUGAGGAGAGUGCUCGCACUGGAAAGACUGUUGAAAUUGAUUGGAGCGAAGACCAUAUUCCCGCUGUCUACUCAUAAAAAACUUUAUACUGGAGUAAUAAUUAUUAUUUGUUCAUGUUAAUUUAUAGUAAUAGUAGUUUUCAAAUAAACAUUUUAUAACA